UUUUAAGCUUAAAGGUCUCAAUCCCCCCCCAAUGCGAUGGGCCUGCACCGCUCGUGCCAGCAGAGGAGGCCUAUUGCGGGUCCUGUCGGCCUGAUUAUUCUGGUUGGCGGGUCCAGGAGGGAGGGUUUCUCUGCUGUUGCUCCUGCUUCUGAAACAUCAUCUCCCUCCCCGUAGUCUAGAAAGGAGAAAAAGCCUGUGGGAGACCUGUGGGAGACUGAUCGUUCCUCAGAAUGAGCAGUACUUUGUCAUCCCGCAGUUUGCUUCCAGUUCCAUCUUCCUCGGGGACACAGUUUGCAGAGACUUCUGUGCGAGAACGCAUGAGAGAGAAACUGAAGGCUGUACGAAUAGGUGAUCAUUUGUUGAGUGCAGUAAAAAGGAAAGAAGGCAAGGUUUCUGCAAGAGUGAAGUUUCGUGAUGUUGUUAGAAGAGGCAAACAAAAAUCACAGAUUCAGAUGGAUUAUCCUUCUUCUGAAGAAGCCUAUAAUUUCUUUACUUUCAAUUUUGGUUCUGAGGAAGAAACUGUAGGGGAUGACGGUGAAAAAAAUGAAAAGAAUGCAUCAGAUCUAGAUGACAAGGGCAGGGAGAACCAGAAAUCUACACUCAGCAAUCAGGAAGAACAAGAAGAGAAUAAAAUGGAUGAAGAGGAACAUCUUUUCCAUGAUAAAGGGAAUGAUGGCAUAUUUAUUAUAGAACAGACACCUCAAGAUUUCUUAGAAAUAAGACCUGCAGAAUACGAAAGCUAUUCUGGAAGGGUGCAGAAAGAGAAAGAUACUUUGUUUAUUCCCAGUAUGUUAAGAGUGCCUCCUUCUCUGAAGAUGCCUGAAAAUAUGCAACCACGAUUUCUUGAGGAUGAAGGUUUCUACACAGGAGAACGCCCUGUUGUGUCAUUGUCCAACCAGAACAUCAUGGAGAAUAGGAUACUCAAGCAGGAACAGGGGAAAAAGUGGUUUGGAGAUGAUGGUCAAAUUUUAGCAUUGCCCAAUCCAGUUAAACAACCCCUUACUAGACCUCCAUUGUUUCUUACAAAGGGAAACCAAGAGUCGGACCUUGUGAUCUUUUAUAAAAAGGCUCUAAAGAUGAGACUUGCCAACCAGUACAUUGUUGGAAAUGAUGAUCCACAAAGUUGCUUUCAGUUGGAUAUUGACAUUUCAGGAUUAAUAUUCACACAUCAUCCUUGCUUUAGCCGUGAACAUAUUCUGGCAGCAAAACUGGCUCAGUUAUUUGAUCAGUAUCUCUUCAGGAAACAGAGAAAUCUUACUAAACUUCUUACAGAUAAGCUUCAUGCUCUCAGAAAUGCUUUACAAAAUAUUUUGGAUACUGCCGAAAGUGGAAUUCCAAACUUAAUAGUCCAACAAAGCAUAACUGAAUAUAAGCUUGAAAUAAGAAAAACAAGAAGACUUCGGGAUAAUGAACAAGAAAAAGAUCGAGCAUUGCUGAAAGCCAUGAUUAAAGUGUGGAAAGAAAUAAAAUCCCUGCGUGAUUUUCAGAAGUUUACUAACACACCCCUAAAGCUUUUCAUGAGAAAGAAAGAAGUUGACCUGAAGUUGGAUGAGAAGGCCUAUGAGGCAGAAAUUCAGGCCGAAACAGCUGAAUUACUAGAAGAAAUUAUUGAAGAGUAUGAAAAGAAAAUGAAUGAAUAUAAAACUGAACUUCGGGCAUGGAAAUCAUGGAAGAAGGCACAGUGCAUCAAGAGAGCUGAAGUUGCAAGACGUGAAGAUGUGAAGAGAAGGUCUCUCUUCUUAAAAGUUCUUUUCAAUUCUAAAGAGGUGUCUCGAACAGUUUCUCGGCAGAUGAGCUCAGACUUUAGAAUUCAUUUUGGGCAGAUUUUUAACGUGCAAAUAUUCAAUUGGCCAGAGAGUUUAAAAUUGCAGCUUUAUGAAACAAUUGGACUCGGCAGUGCUAACUUGUUAAUGGAAAUAUUUGUGCCCAUCCCGGAGACGACGGUUCUGACAGGAGCAGCUCCAGUCGAAGAAAUUGAAUUCAGCAGUGACCAGUGUGUAACACUGGAGCAUGAAGGAGUGGGCAGCGGGGUUCCGUUUUCAUUUGAAGCAGAUGGUAGUAAUAAUAUGAUUUUAAUGACUUCUGGUAAAGUGUCGUGCAGUGUGUCAUGGGCCGUUGGAGCAAAUGGGAUACCACUGGCUCCUCCAGUCUUGCAGAAGAACUAUGCUCUUUCAAGUUCCUUAAAAAAAGUGGAUGCUAUUGCAUCAAUUGGCGCAUCUGGAUUAACUGACAUGAAGAAAUUAGCCAAGUGGGUGACUGAAACAAAACUUGAUCCUAACGAUCCAAGCAACACAGUCCUGAUGCAGUUUUUAAAAGUUACUCCAUGUGGUGAUUCUUCCAUCUCAGAUUUCUUUCGACUUGAGCAAUUGCAGAAAGAAUUUAAUUUUGUUUUUGAUGAGGAAUUCAAUAUGUCCAAAAGGUUUUGGCUUCUUGAGCUCAGAAUGAACAAGGUAGCUGAAUUUCAAAAUUAUAAAUUUGUUCCUAUACUGGAAAGAGAGAUCAGUGAAAAAAUUUUGCAGGAUUAUGAGAAAAGAUUGCAGAAGAAGGAUGGUAUUGAUACUAAGGACCGUUUGGAUGCACACAGGGCAAUUGUUGAAAAGUACAUGGAAAAGGUUAGGGAGUCACUAAUUAAUCGUUUCCUGAUCGCAAAACACCAUUUUGUUCAUUCUGACUUGGUCAAUGAAGAUGAAAUCCUUACUGUUGGCUUUUUGAGUGUCAGCCUCUUUAAACUGGCCGAAGCAAAGCGACCCUUAAAACCAAGGCGAAAAGAGAGGAAGAAAGUAAUGGCACAGAAUCUCUCAGAUGGUGACGUAAAACUCUUGGUUAAUGUUGUUAGAGCGUUUGAGCUUCCUGUUAGAAAGUGUGCUGGGAGCAAACUUCAGCAGCCAUCUAAAUCGUCAUGGGCUUUCAAUGAGAUGUUUGUUGUUUCUGCAACUCCACACAGCUCCAACCACAGUAUGGACUGGACAUUUAGCCAGGUUUCAGUUCGGCCCUUUGUAGAAGUUUCUUUCCAGCGAACAGUUUGUCGGACGACCACCGCAGAAGGGUCAAACCCAAACUGGAGUGAAGAGCUGGAACUUCCGUUUAGAGCUCCUAACAGUGACUAUAGCAACUCUAGUCUGCAGUCAGUGAAGGAUGACAUCUUCAUUAACAUAUUUGAUGAAGUACUGCAUGAUAUCUUAGAGGAUGAUCGUGAAAGAGAAACCGGUGGGGUCCAUACGUGUAUGGAAAAGCGCUGGCUUGGAUUGAUUCGGAUACCAUUUACAACAGUAUAUUUUCAAGGAAGAAUUGAUGGCACAUUUAAGAUUGAAGCUCCUCCCAUUCUUCUUGGCUAUAGCAAAGGGGAAAAUGUGGGAAUUGACAGAAAAUACGAUUCCAUACAGCAUCUGAGUGAUGGUUCCUACCUUUCCUUGUUCAUUACAAUUGAACCUCAACUUAUUCCUGGAGAAUCAGUUCAAGAAAGGAUGCAUGAAAUGUUGAAGAAGUUUGACACUCAAGAAGAUGAGAAGCUUCUUCAAGCAGCUGAAAGAUACAAAGCUGAAUGUGCCUUGAAAUUUCCAGAUCGCCAGUGCCUGACCACUGUAAUUGACAUCAGUGGAAAAACACUCUUUGUUACGAGAUUCAUCAGAGCACUCAACCCCCCAGAAGAGCUCCUACAAGUCCAUCCAGACAGUCCACAGCAAACCUCGGAAUUAAUUGCCCGAUAUGUAGCCCUGAUUCCUUUCUUACCCAAUAAGGUAUCGUUUGCUGGAAUUUGUGAUCUAUGGAGUACUUCUGAUCAGUUCCUUGAUCUUUUGGCUGGAAACGAAGAAGAACAUGCUGUGCUAUUGUGUAAUUAUUUUCUUGCUCUUGGCAAAAAGGCCUGGCUUCUAAUUGGGAAUGCUGUUCCAGAGGGAUCAACAGCUUAUGUGCUAACUUGGGAACAAAACCAGUAUGUGAUUUGGAAUCCAAGCCGUGGGCAUUUUUAUGGACAAUAUGAUGCUUUCUGUCCAUUGAAAAGGGUCAGCUGUUUGAUUUCUGCAGACAAUGUUUGGUUUAAUAUUCAACAGGAUGAUUCCCCACCAAGAAUAAAUUUUGAUGUCAAUAAAACCAAAUAUUGGAAACCUUUCUUUUCUAGAAGUUUACCAUUCUCUGGUCUCUCCAGUGUUCAGCCUGAAGAACUCUUCUACCAAAAUGCAGACAAAUCUGUUGCGCUACAUUUACAGAACAGGCUUGAGAAGAUAUUAAAAGAAAAAAUCAUGGAAUGGCGGCCAAACCACUUGACACGUUGGAACAGAUACUGUACCUCUGCCCUCCGGCAGUUCUUGCCUCUGUUGGAGAAACAUCAAGGCAAAGAGGCAGAAGACGAUCAUCAGGCAGAAUUACAAAAACAACUUGGAGACUACAGGGUCUCUGGAUUUCCCAUCCACUUGCCAUUUUCAGAUGUUGCAUCCAUAGUUGAAGCUGUAUAUAGUACGGGAGUUCAUAAAACUGAAAUUCCAAACACAGAAUUUGCACUAGCUGCGUAUGUUCAUGCUUACCCCAAACACAUCCUUUCAGUGUGGAUUUACGUGGCUGCUUUGGUUUGUAAUCGAUAGGGCUCCACAGAAACAGAUUGUUUCCACAAAGUCCAAUAGUUGCUGCUGUUCAAGGAAUUUCCUGCCUGAUCCCCACAGUAGAGUUAAGGUUUAUCUACAGAAACAUCUUUGUGGUGGCACCCCAGGGGUUUUGGUGCCAAAGUCCAAGGGCUACUAACACUAUCAAGGAGGCUGGCAAGAAUGAGCAAUCAGGAGUUGAAAGCCAUUGGUACCUGCAUGUGCUUAGUCAAUCAUGUCCUUCUGUAUCUCCUGUCACAUCAAGGCAGGAAUACCCUUGUCUCAGAAGAUUUCAUUACUUUUGCCUUCAAACCUUAGAUGACCUAUUAAACUCAAUGCCCAGGGAGUGUAGCAGGGG